CCGAAUCGAUACGGCGCGCGUCACGUGCCGGCGAGCGCGACCAAUCGCCGCACGCCGUGGCCACAGGGCGGGGGGCGGACGGAGAGGGGACCCUCCUUGGCCCGCGCGUCUGUCCCGUCCGCAGUGCACGAGGAUCAGCGGUGUGGACGGACGUACGUCGCGCGCGUCCGCAACACGAUUUUCACCGAAAACCGGUCCGAUGUGCGGUGUCAUGUUAUAGUGCAGUGCCGCUAGCCAUCGCCAUGAGCGCAUGGACGGAAGAAGUGCUAUCUUGGCGCGAUGAUCGCCUCGGCCUCACCGAGCUGCCCAGCACAACGAGAAGAAAACAACGCAGCGCGCCCUACAGGCUACAUCGGCCGCAUCUGCCCGCGGCUCACGUGCCGGAGCCCCCGCCGGAGCCUCAGGGAACGCACAUCUCGAGGCUCUACCCGGAAAUACUAGCGCUCAUAUUCGAGAGACUGCCGGUGCGAGACCGAGGCCGCGCGGCCCAAGUUUGCCGCGCUUGGCGCGAUGCAGCUGAUCGUAGAUCUGUCUGGCGUGGAGUAGAGGCAGCGUUACAUUUAAGGAGGCCAGCACCUGUUCUGUUCCAGUCUCUGGCAAGGAGAGGAGUGCGGAAAUUACAGGUUCUAUCACUUAGGAGAGGUUUGAGAGAUGCAGUGUCUUCAUUGCCAGGACUAGAGUCGUUAUCACUUAGUGGAUGUUAUAGUGUAACAGACGCGGCGCUUGCAAGCGCAUUCGCGGCAGAAUUACCAGCUUUAAGAAGAUUAGACUUAUCUCUGUGUAAACAAGUGACAGAUUCUUCGCUCGGGAGGAUAGCGCAAUCGCUCAAGAACUUGGAGGAGUUGGAGCUAGGUGGGUGCUGCAACGUAACAGACACGGGACUGUUGCUAAUCGCUUGGGGGCUCAAAAAGCUUCGCAGGCUGAAUCUGCGGUCGUGCUGGCACGUCAACGACGCCGGCAUCGCGCACCUGUGCGGUGGUGGAGAGGCACGUGGGACACCCGAGCUGGAGUACCUGGGACUACAAGACUGCCAAAGGUUGACGGACGAGGCGUUGAAGCACGCCGCCACGGGGCUUCCCAAUCUGAAAUCCAUAAAUCUUUCCUUCUGCGUGGCCGUGACGGACGCGGGAUUGAGACAUCUGUCUCGGCUUCCACAUUUAGAAGAUGUUAAUCUACGCUCAUGCGAGGGAGUGUCGGACGCUGGUGUAGCGUUUUUGGCGGAGAGCGGACGUUUGCGGGCGCUGGACGUUUCUUUUUGCGUUAAAGUGGGUGACGAGGCGUUAUCGCAUGCCACGCUGGGGCUAUCGGGGCUGAGGUCGUUAUCGCUGAGCGCUUGUAGUCUCACCGACGAAGGUUUGGAAAGGGUCGCGCGAUUAUCACAGCUCGAAACGCUCAAUAUUGGGCAGUGCAUCAGGGUGACGGAUAGAGGGCUACGUGCGCUCGGCGAGGGGCUUCAGAAUCUAAAGGCAAUAGACCUAUACGGCUGCACCUGCAUCACGCCGCAGGGUUUGGACCACAUUGUGAAGCUACCGCGACUCAGUGUGCUCAACCUCGGGCUGUGGCAUGUGCGGUGACCACACACACACUAGUGCGUACCCGUGUCGCGACGCGAGUGCUGUGCAGUGACGUCAUGUUGAAGUGAAGGAGCCGCCAAGGUUGUAUGCUCUGGACAGUGAAUAAAUGAAUUAACCAAUUUUAAGAUAUUAUCGAAUUAUAUUGUUAGGAAACGGGGUAGCUUUCUUUUUUUUGAGUUCUGUUUUAGACCACUGCUGUUCUGUUACUGUUGCAUUUAUCGUUUGUUGCAUACAAUUUCUGUGUGUUUAUGUAUUUUCUCGUACUUUCGGUUGAGUUUGUGAGGAAAGUUGCCCCAAUGCCUAGUCGCAAUGUUGAGCUGGACCUUUUUGGGGUUUGUACAUGUUUUUCCUUUACAUUUUCUGUUUAUGUUUGUCAUUGAACGAAUGUUUGCUAAGUUUUUGAGACUGUUGUCUUUUUUUUAUGCUGUACUAAAGCAAAAAGGUCUAGUUUUCCAAUACAAUUGCUCCAUUAGUUAGACGUUUAGCCAUUCUUCAAAUUAUUAAUGUUUUCAGUUCGACCUUCGGCGUCAAGUUGGUUUAUCCAAUUUGUUAUUAGGUUUUUUUUAAUUAUUUUGUGGUACAAUUUUGGGAGACCCGUUGAUUUGUAACCUUAAGACCUUCGCUUAACUGAAGUUAACAACAAAUAUAAAUUGAGAAACAACACGGAAAUGACUGAAUUAGAUAUUUCAAAUAGAAGUUUUUUUUACAAAGUUAAUUACCAACCUCUUGUUAAUUGUUAAACUUUAAGUUUGUGUCUUAGUAAAGAAGAUUCAAUUUGUCAAUAAACAAAGGAUUGUAAAAGAAUCGCACAAAGGAAGAAGCGUAGUAUCGGACGAAACAAUCUACGAAUGUUAAAAUAAGUGACGCAAGCGCAAGUAUCAUGAUAAACAUUGUGACGUAGGUGCUCAUUUAUAUUAAUAUAACAUAUUCCGGCGUAUAUUUUAAAGAUAAUACUGGGUUUGGGGUUAGUCUUGCUAUCUAAAUGAUUAUUAUAAACGUGUAUAUUUUGUAAUUUUUCCAUACAAGCAAACAAGUGAAAUUAUCAACUCAUAAAAACAACACCAAUACGUACACGGUUAUCUGCAGUUCUAUUUUCUAAGUGCAAGCUUCGGAGACUUUCUAGUUUUACGGGAACAGCCGAAUUAAAUUAUUAUAGAGCAACUCUGAAAUUGGGGAAAGCGUCACUUACAAUGUAAAUAUUAUGUUGUGAUACCGAAGUGUAUGUCCAGUACAUGUUUUCAAGAUCAACAUAGAAUAUAAUUCAUAAAGUGACCUUAACCGAAUAUUGACCUUAUAAACUAUUACAGUGAACUUUAAAUUGUAGUGGCGAACUGAUUAAUAUGUCACAUGAUUACAUUAUAACGAAAUAUGUUUACAAUACAAUCGUCCACUUCCGUAAAACUCGAGCUACUUCAGAGCUACUGAAAUUUGUCAUUAAAAUAGUGCUGUAGGAUUGUAGUCUUAAUGAUAACAGGCUCUCUGAUCAAUUUGCCAUUCUGCUUCUGAAAUAAAAUCAGUUUUAAAACC